AUGUUUGACAAAUACCUGCAUAUUGAGACAGAAGGUCAGAAACAGGGAUACACCACAGGCAACAUCAGAUUGCUCCAGGGAUUAGCAGACAGGCUCAUGGGGCUAGCUCAAGCAGGUGGGGAGAUCAAUGAAGAUGAACAUCCAGAAGAUUCUGAAAAUGAAGGUGUCAAGUUGAAUUAUCCAUUCACCCCAGAGCAGCAAGGAAGGUUCAAUGAGCUACAUGAAUGGUACAGAAUGUCUCUCUUGGAGGCUCAAAGAAUUGUGGGGAUCAAAGACAGUGAGCUCAACAGUAUAAACCAUCAUGCUCAAAAAAUCUUAUAUAUUGGUGGUUGA